AUGUUGAAGAUGGGGCAGGCCAGUUUUCUGUGUAUUUGUCUCGGAAUGGUGUGUUUGCUGAGUGGGAUUUGGGUGCAAGCAGAGGACCCUUACUUGUAUUUUACUUGGGAAGUCACCUAUGGGACUGUUUCUCCUCUAAAUGCUCCUCAACGAGGUAUACUCAUCAAUAACCAAUUCCCUGGCCCGACUAUUGACGCUGUGACAAAUGACAAUGUCCUAGUAAAUGUCAUUAACAAGUUGGACGUCCCUUUCCUCAUAACAUGGAAUGGGAUUAAACAAAGGAGGACUCCAUGGCAAGAUGGAGUGCUUGGGACACAAUGUCCAAUCCCUCCAAACUCCAACUGGACCUACAAGUUCCAAGUGAAGGAUCAGAUUGGGACCUAUAACUACUUCCCUUCAAUCGGAAUGCAAAGAGUUGCUGGAGGGUAUGGAGCUUUCAACGUCAACCAAAGAUCAGUGAUUUCCAAACCUUACCCGGAACCUUUUGAAGAAUUCAACGUGCUUGUUAGUGACUGGUACAACACCGAUUUCAAGAUUUUGGAGCAACGACUGGACCAGGGAACCCCUCUCCCUCUUCCUGAUGGUCUUCUCAUCAAUGGACUUCCUAGUGGCCAAGCUGUGUUCACAGGGGAAAAAGACAAGCUCUACAAGUUCAGGAUCUCCAAUGUGGGUGUUGCAGUAGCAAUCAACUUCAGAAUCCAGGGACAUACAAUGACUCUCAUCGAAGUUGAAGGUGCUCAUACGUUGCAAGAAAUCUAUGAGUCCCUCGAUGUUCAUGUUGGCCAAUCUGUGACUGUGUUGGUCAGAUUACACGCACCAAUGGCCAAGGACUACUUCAUUGUUGCUUCCUCACGUUUCACCAAGCCAAUCCUCACCACCACUGGGAUUCUCAAGUACGCAGGCUCCACCACACCAGCUGCUAAGCCAUUGCCAGUUGGACCAACUUACCAUCUCCACUGGUCAAUGAAGCAAGCUAGGACUAUCAGGUUGAAUUUGACAGCAAAUGCAGCCAGGCCAAAUCCUCAAGGGUCAUUUCAUUAUGGAACCAUCAACGUCAUGAGGACCAUCUUCCUGACCAACACAGCAGAAAAGGUCAAUGGGAAACUGCGUUAUGCUAUUAACAGCAUCUCCCAUGUUGACCCACCCACACCAUUGAAGUUAGCUGAUUGGUAUAACAUCCCUGGUGUGUUUAAGCUGAACUCUGUCCCAGAUAUGCCCACCAAUACCACUCCUGUUCUUGCUCCUGGAGUCCUUGCAUUCGAACUCCAUGACUUUGUGGAGAUCAUCUUUCAGAACUCAGAAUACACGGUCCAGUCAUAUCAUAUGGAUGGAUCCAGUUUCUACAUUGCUGGUUAUGGAAAUGGGCCCUGGACACCUGCAAUGAGGAGAAGAUACAAUCUUGCUGAUACAGUGCCUAGACACACUGUUCAGGUUUAUCCAGUAUCAUGGACAGCAAUACUGGUGUCACUGGACAACAAGGGGAUGUGGAACUUGAGGUCUGCAAUUUGGUCGAGGAGAUACCUAGGGCAGCAGCUGUAUAUGAGAGUCUGGAAUGACGAGAAGAGUCUCUUCACCGAGGCUGAUCCACCACCAAAUAUUUUGCUUUGUGGUUUGGUGAAAAAAGCUUAG